UGACCAACUAAACCCUAAUUACUCUUUCAUUCAUCUCCCUCCUUAAACCCUAGACGUCGCUCAUGGCUUCCGAGAACGUAAGCCCCGAGACAGUAUCCAAAGCCGUCGAUGCUCUCCUCCAAUGGCGCCGCUCCCAAUCGGAGAUUCAGAAACCAAAACUCUUGGGCGAAGACGAAGAAUUCGUGUACCUGAUCCUCACGCUGAAGAAGAUCCCUUCAAAAUCCCGAGUUAACCCUCACAAGAUUCCUCUCCCGCACUCCCUCAUCUCCCCUUUCUCCGAGCAGUGCCUCAUCCUCGACGACCGGCCCAACAAGGCCCGCGUCACCAAAGCCCAGGCCCAAGCCAAAAUCCAGUCCGAAUCCAUCCCCGUCCACAAAGUCCUCAAGCUCUCGAAACUCGCCUCCGAUUACCGCCCCUUCGAGGCGAAGCGAAAACUCUGCGAUUCUUAUGAUUUGUUUUUUGCAGAGAAGAGCAUUGUGCCGCUCCUGCCGCGGCUUCUGGGGAAGAGUUUUUUCAAGAAGAGGAAGAUUCCGGUGCCGGUGGACCUGAAGAAGGGGAGCUGGAAGGAGCAGGUGGAGAGGGCCUGCUCGUCCGCGAUGCUGUUCAUGAGGACGGGGACCUGUAGUGUGGUUAGGGUUGCCAAGGUGAGGAUGGAGAGGGAUGAGAUUGUGGAGAAUGUCGUUGCCGCGAUUGAGGGGAUUGUGGAGGUUGUGCCCAAGAAGUGGGGCAAUGUGAGGUCGCUGCAUUUGAAGCUGCUGGAGAGCGUGGCUCUGCCGGUCUACCAGACUGUUCCUGAUGUGAAGUUGAAGAUUGAGGGAUUUAAGGUUGAGGAGAAGAAGAAGGAGAAGGAGAGGGAUGGUGAGGUUAGUGAUUCGAUCGAGGGAGGGACGGAGAAGAAGAAGAAGAAGAAGGGGAGGAUUCAUGAGGUUAGGUAUAUGGAUGAGAAUGUUGUGGAGGCUGGGAUGGAAGAUGAAUUGGCGAGUGAUGACGAUGAUAGUGAAGAUGAGAUGGUGAGUAAGAAGAGGAAGAAAGGGGUUUCGAGUGAGUUGAGUGGUGUUGAGCAAUUGAAGAAGUUGGUAUUUAAUGAGUUGAGUGCCAAUGGGAAGAAGAAGUCAAAGAAGGGCUGCUUGUCUGUUGGGAAGGGGGUUAAGGGAGGUUUGAUUGAGGGGAGUGGAAGUGAAUUGGUUGUGAAGGAUGAGGAGUCGGGGGUGAAGAAGAAGAAGAAGAAGAGAGGGGAUGUGAAGGCUACGAAAAGUGUAAAGGCUAAGAUAAUUAAGAAGGCUGUGUGAGUUGGAUUAGUGUUUGAUGUUAGAAAUUGCUGCUUGAUGUGGCUCUGUGCAAGAUUGUAUGGUUCUGAUUUUUGAGCCUCUAGCGGAUUUUUGUUUUAGACCGCAUUAUUAUGGUAGUUGUGUGUUGUGUCAGUUCAAUUCAUCAUUUCUAAUUCAAAUUUACUAUAUUUGAGGUUUAGAAUGAUUGUUAAAUGGGCAAGAAUCUAAAUGUUGCAUCCCCCACAAGUGUUUAGUAUACUAGAGAUAUUUAGAUAUUGCAUGUUGUUGGAGUUUGACUUGGAAUUUGAGAUGAAAAGUUGGUGCUGUACUUUAAGGGAAAAUGUAUCAAGGAAAUGUUAGGAGAAUGCUGAGAACAAAUUAAUGCUUUCAA